GUUACUAAUCAUGGAUGCCAUUAAGCAUGGCAAAGGAGUUUCUAUAUUCUAACAGAGAGAGAGAGAAAGACUAGGAAACUAAAAAAGAAAAGGAAAAGGAAAAUUGGAAGCUUGAAUGAAUGAAUGAAUUAUAUCCAUCAUUGAAUCUCAUGUUUCUCCUCUCUUCAAUCCCCAAACCUCCCUCUCCUCCAUCAAAAUCCACCUUCCCUCUCCUCAAUUAUAACACAUAAUCCACCUUCUAGGGCUUUGAGAAUUUUCAUCACCAAACCAAAAGCUGAUCACGUUCAGAUUGUGCACAUAUACCCAUAUAUAUGCAUAUGUAUAUACAUGAGAGAGAAUCUUAUUCACCUUUUCCUUUUAUCAGAGAAUAUAAAGAAUCGAACUUUCCCUCUGUUUCUGAUCCAUUGGCUUCUCUUUUGACUUGAAAACUCUCCUCCCAAGAUUUCUAGACUGAGAAAUUGGGUUUUCUCUUUGGGGAGAGAAACUGGGUAUUGGCUAAUAUUUAUUAUUAUUAUUUGUGGAGAUAAUUUGAUAGAGAUACAGAGAAAAAAUACAGAUGUUGGCAAUGGAGAAAGAUUUUGAUUCCAAGCUAAGGAUUCAGAGCAGCAAUAACUCCUCCUCCUCCACCACCUCCUCGUCUCCUUCUUCCGCCUCUUCUACUUCUUCUAAUAACACCGACACUGGGAAUGUGCCGAGAUCUAAGAGCUUCGCAUUCAGGGCUCCUCAGGAGAAUUUCAGUAUUCAGGAUUUUGAGCUUGGCAAGAUCUAUGGUGUUGGUUCUUAUUCAAAGGUAGUGAGGGCAAAGAAGAAGGAUACUGGAGUAGUAUAUGCCUUGAAGAUCAUGGACAAAAAGUUCAUCACCAAAGAAAAUAAAACAGCUUAUGUGAAGUUGGAACGCAUUGUUCUUGAUCAAUUGGAUCAUCCAGGAAUUGUGCGGCUAUUUUUUACUUUUCAAGAUUCUUUUUCACUUUACAUGGCACUUGAAUCCUGUGAAGGUGGAGAACUUUUUGACCAAAUAACCAGAAAAGGCCGUUUAUCAGAGGAUGAUGCUCGCUUCUAUGCUGCAGAAGUUGUGGAUGCCCUUGAAUACAUACAUAAUAUGGGGUUAAUACAUCGAGAUAUCAAGCCGGAGAACUUACUGCUUACAGGGGAUGGACAUAUUAAAGUUGCUGAUUUUGGGAGUGUGAAGCCAAUGCAAGAUAGCCGCAUCACUGUUCUUCCUAAUGCAGCCUCUGAUGACAAGGCUUGCACAUUUGUGGGCACUGCUGCAUAUGUCCCUCCAGAAGUCCUCAACUCUUCUCCUGCAACAUUGGGAAAUGACCUCUGGGCACUUGGCUGCACCUUGUACCAGAUGCUUUCCGGAACUUCUCCUUUUAAAGAUGCAAGUGAAUGGCUUAUAUUUCAAAGAAUUAUAGCCCGGGAUAUAAGAUUUCCUGACUAUUUUUCGGACGAAGCUAAAGACAUCAUUGAUCGGUUAUUGGAUGUAGAUCCCAGCAGAAGACCUGGUGCUGGAUCUGAUGGUUAUGCUGCACUCAAAGCGCAUCCUUUCUUUGAGGGAGUUAACUGGAAGAACAUCAGAGGGGAAACUCCUCCAAAACUUGCUUUAGAACCAGUGGCACAGUCUGGUGAGGGUGAUCAUAAUGAUGAAUCUUCAAUGAAUCCUACAAAUGCUGGGGAUGGAUCUGUAAGACAGAGUGAUGGAAACCUUGGAGCUUCAGCUGCUGAAGCAACUGCUUCUGUAACUAGACUUGCCUCUAUUGAAUCCUUUGAUUCUAAAUGGCAGCAAUUUUUGGAACCAGGGGAAUCUGUCGUUAUGAUCUCAAUGGUGAAAAAAUUACAGAAGUUGACAAGCAAGAAAGUGCAGCUUAUUCUCACUAACAAGCCAAAAUUGAUUUAUGUGGAUCCUGCAAAGUUACUGGUAAAAGGAAAUAUAAUUUGGUCUGACAAUUCUAAUGACCUCAGUGUGCAGGUUUUAAGUCCUUCAAACUUCAAGAUCUGUACGCUUGCUCAACAUGGCAUCACUUCUACAUUUCAAGGUUUAUGCAAUAACAUUCUAGUAGCUUAUUACCUUAAUACUAUUAAGAAAAAAUGGAUUAUAUCCCCGUAUCGACCUCUCCUCUUUUUUUCUAUUGUUGUCCGCUGUUCAGUCUUCUGUAUUUCUGAUUCCUAGCUGUGUACUGAUUCAGCCAAAGAAGGUAAUGUCAUUUGAGGAUGCAAAGCAAAGGGCAUCACAGUGGAAAAAGGCGAUCGAGAAUCUUCAGAACCGGUGAAAAAUCUGUUUGUGAUUUUGACAAGGCAUUCUUUAAAAUGUCAAGAAAUUGUAGAAGAAUAUUGGGAUUCUUACACAGUUGAUAUCCCUGUAGAUUAUUUAUUUUGUGAAAGAGAUUGAAGAUGUGCAUUCCACUUUCAUCAGUGUCUUAUUGUAAAAUGCAUCUGCCAAUUUAAGGGUUUGUAGGGUUCUGAGGUUCAGAACUUGUUUACUGUAUUUAACAUUACAACACAUCAAUGAGAAUUUCUUUUCAUGAAA